AUGCAGCAAGUAGAACGCGUGCCGCCGCUGCCCGCGCGCCUGGGGCUCGCGUGCUACAAGUGCUUCAAAGAAGAGGACGUUCAGGUGUCGAGAUGCACGGGGUGUUUGCGUGUCGGGUACUGCAGUCGGGAGUGCCAGAACGCUGACUGGAAAACACACAAAGCUUUCUGCAAAGCAACGAAGGCGCUCGAGAAUGACCGCGGGGCCGCGAUGACACUACUCUUCCCUCUGGCCGAUGCGCCGAGCACUAAUCUCGACUACCUCCACAACGCGAGCGAGGCGCAUGCGGCCAACGUGCAAGGUUUCGUGCAGCGGUCGAUGGGCCGGGAGCUGAGUGUCCCGGAGCGCAAUUUGGUCGGAUGGGAGCCAAGAUGCAUGGCCUGCACGCGCACGGACCAGCUCAUUCGCAUCGAGUUCACCGCCCGGACACGAGCGAGCGGGGGCGCUUCAUCGUCGUCUACGACAGCUAAGCCAAGGCAGCUAACGCCCUGUGUUGAAUGCAAUGCAAGCUUCUGCUGCUCUGUGGAGCACUGGACCGCCGCCAGGGCACUUCAUCACGCGCCACUCCCCACCGAAGACGGGCACUCGCAGUGCGAGCUGAAUAAGCUGGCCCGGGGCGAUGCGAUGCUGGAAGCGGCUCUGGCAGGGUCGCAUGACGGCGUGUUCCGGUGGGCGCCGGAGCGGAUAAAAGAGCGGUGGGAGUCGGUGGUGAGGAAGGAGGGACGCGGGAAAGAGAAGGGGUCGGGGAGGACACGGUGGGAGGACGAAAUCGCGGAUGAGAUGCGCAAGGCGGUGGGUGUCCCGAGCGAGCGGCCUAUGGGGCCGUGGGUAAGGAUGGCGUCAGAUGCGCUGUGCAUGCCGAUGACCAUACUGUGGGGGCUGGAAACUCUGAACAUCGACGACGAGUGGACAAGGAAGCAUACGCUUACCAUUCAUAUCCUAGGCGCAACGAUGAUCGAAGUAACCGCCGCAAUGGUGUUUGAGGAGAUCUUGCACCGGCUGCCAGAAGUGAAGACGCUGAAGCUGCUACUUUGCGGCCCGGAAAUGCAGAGCGGUCGCGCGCCGAAGGUCUACCCGUUAGACACCUGCCCCGAGUGCGCUCGCCGCGAGCGUAAACGCGUGCACGAGCAUACCGCAGACACAUACCACGGCUACGUCGCGGCUCAAGGCUCCAAAUACGAGAAACCGGACCUCGCGAUCGCAUUCAAUGCCGGGGCAUCGUCCGAGCCCUCGUCACGCGUAAUGUGGGCGCCGACGAUGAAGCUGCUUGUCGAGAAGAAGAUCAAGACGGUGUUUACCUCGUACAACAGCGAGGAGGCACACGGCGACGCCGCCGCAUUGCGCGCGGCAGGGGCAAAACUGGCCGUAGAGGCAGAGCGAAACGCGUGGGGGAGCGCAAAGCUGAUACCCGAGCCUGCAAAGGUGUAUGGGUUUUACAGCGCGAGUGGGUGGGUCUCUGGUGCGUUUUAA